GGCAGUUCGAAACACAACACCAGUGCUUUGAUUGCGCACGUUUUUCCUGCUCUUACAGUGAGAUGAAAUAUGGAGAAUUACGUGAUUUUAGACGCGAUGUGCCCUGGUUCUUUCGGAACAACAUUACUUGUUAGCGACAGAAACAGCGGUUUGGAAUUUACAUUAAAGAAGAUUGAAUGUUUAGAUGACGGUAGAGCCAACGAAGCUCUUCAAGAGGCACUACCCCUUCUGGAGGUUAGGCACCCGAACAUUGUCCGCCUCAGAGAGAUGUUCAUAUUCUGGGAUAAAGAGAUAUCGUCAGUAAUCCUCAGUGUGGUGAUGGACUGCCCGUACACAGACCCUCUCUCCACCGUCAUCAGUUACCAUCGAGAUGAGAAGGUGGCGUUUGGGAAACAGGUCAUCGAGACGUUCCUCGGACAGAUGACCGAUGCUCUGACCCACCUUCACAAGCAGCACAUCAUCCACAGAAACCUGAAGCCAUCCAACAUCCUGGUGAAGGGGCGGAGCUUCCGCAUCUGUGACUUUGGCACGGCCACGUUCAGCAGCGACAGGAUGAAGCUCAACGUCAAGAGCAAAGAGGGUGACCGGUGCUGGAUGUCCCCUGAGAGUGUGAGCAGGAAGCAGUGGACGGACAAGUCGGACAUCUGGUCUCUGGGCUGCGUGCUGCUCGACCUGCUCACCUGCCACAUAUACAGUCAUCUGACCUGUCUCUCCCAGCUGUUGAGUCUGAAGCAGACCUUGGCUGCCCUGGACAUCAUCACGUGUAAGGAACUGCACACUGUUCUGCGGAAGAUGUUCCAGCACAACCCUGAGUACCGUGCCAAUGUGUGGGACCUGCUGAAGGAUGCUCUGGUGCAGAGGUGUCUGCUGGUGUGUGGCGCUCCGCUGCACCGCAUGAACACUCUUCCCUCAGACGUCCCCGGACCCCCUUUCCACCAGGGCCUCAGCAAAGUGUUAGACUUCAUGCUGGCCUAUAAGGACGUGGAGUCGGCUCAGCUGCAGAUCCUCUCUCAUCUGACGUCAGAGAAGAAUCAAGUGGCGGGUCGUCAGGAUGAGGUGGUCAGAGCCACCUGCUCCACCAUGAUGGCCCAUAAGGACUCCGCCCCCAUCCAGCUCAGAGCCUGCCAAGUGCUGCAGGUGUGUGUGCACGCAGUGGCCGUCCACGAUGGACAACCUGAGAUGCUGGCCGAAGCCUUCCUCCUCCUCUUCAUCCUCACUGGAAACGACGUGUCGGCGGGGGUGUUUCUGGAGCUGAACGGCGUUGGCCAGGCGGUCCGAGCGCUCAAGACGUUCCCUCAUCACCCGCCCAUCGCCCGCCACGCCUGCGCCUGCAUCUGGAGAACCCUGCACACACAUGAGCUGCCGGCGGGUGUGUGUGUGUGUGUGCGGGGGUGUGUGGAGGCGGUGUGUGUGGUGGCGGAGACACACGCGCAGGACGGGGAGGUGAUGGAGGCCGUGUGCGCCGCCCUGCUGGCCAUCUCUGGCCGAGAGCCCCUGGAGGAGAAGGAUGCGGAGGACGCGACCUUGGUGCUGCUGGGGGCCCUGAGAGGUCACGCCCUCCGACCCCCCCUGGUGCAGCACGCCCACCUGGCACUGGCCCACCUCACACACUCCUCCAAGGCAGCAUGUUUACGUGUCCUGGUUGCCCCCGGCGGCGGAAGUGGCAUCGUGGUGAUGAGAGAGGCGAGGCGACCGUAUCCUAGCGACCCGCAGCUCAUCCGCUGCAUGGUCCGAGUGCUGGCGGCCAUGACAGAGCACGAUGAGGUGUUGGAGGAGCUGAUCCGUGUUGGUGCUGAGGAGGAUCUGAGGCAGAGUGCAGCUGACUGCCCUGCUGAUGAGGAGCUGAAGAUGUUGAUCCAGCGGACCCUCUCCAGGCUGAGGGAGAUGGAGGAGGCUUCCUUAUCAUGACAGGGUCUACCUGAGGAUGC